UUUUAUUUUAAAUAUGAUUUCAGGGUGGCACAGAUGUGGCUCAGUUGGUAGCGCUGUUCUCUAAAAGCAAGAAUGUUCCAGGUUUGAGUCCCGGUUGAGUUUACAGGCGAAUCUUCAAAUAUUACGUUUUCUCUGGAUUGCGAUGACGUUUCCUGCGCACAUGGCGCGCACGCUGAAAUUAAAAUAAGGAUGCAAAUCUUAGAGCAAGUCUUUUUUGAAAGUCAAAUUUGUCAGAACUGAAUUGAGAUUUCCAGCACGGAGGUGAUUUUCAAGAGAAGAGCUCCAGAUAUCAGCAUCUCAAGAUCAGAUACCAGUCAUGUUUUUGAUUCUUCUGAUUGCAUCAACGUUUACCCAAGGACUUACAAUAGUGAGCCAUGGAAACAGUUUCAUCACAGCAUUUCCAGAAAAUUUAGCUUACUUUUACCCAUUCACUUCUAGUAUAAUUCUUACAGUCACCGCCCUGCAUGAAGACACUUCCUUCACCGUCUACUUCAACAACACACAAAGAACAAUACCAAACCUGCAGAGAGGGGCAACCACAAAAGUGAUGUUUCCAAAAACUGCUGAAGUACAUCAACUAAACUUCUCCACUAACUCGAUCCGAAUUACGAGUACCAAAAAUGUUGUAGUACAGUCUUUCAGUCAGACAGGUACCGGCACCAUUUUGGAGAAAAGUGUCCAGACCAGUGUUGUUCAACCCAUUACAAAUCUUGGCACAGACUAUUUGAUCCCUCCACUAAAGCAGUUAGACCUUAUCCAAACGUUUGGCGGAUCCCCGGCACCCUUCUCGUCCCAAAGAUACAGCUCGUUCAAGCUGAUCAUCAUCAAUGCAGAGGACACAGAAAACAACAUCACGAUAGUCAAGAACAUUUCGGGCAGUGUGCAAGAAGAAAACUUUACAAUCCCGUCAUACCAGCUCAUCCAGUUGCAGGCCAAUGCUUCACUCUUCAAGGUUAAAUCUAACCAUAAAGUUGCAGUGAUUCUGACUCAUCCAUGUCUAGAAAUGACAGCCUGUAAAUGCAACAUGAUAGUGAAUCAGAUUCUUCCUACAGAAUUUCAUGGUCAGAACUUUGUUGUGCCGUACAUUCCGGGUAUAACCCAGAGCCGCUUACUUAUGACAUCAAAUGAAAGGUCAACUUCUCUAUCUCACAGUAAUGUUCAGUUACAGCCUAGUUCAUCAGGGCUUCUGUCACUUUCAUUUCAGACGAAAUCUCAGUACGUAAACGCGUCGGGAAACGUGUCCCUCAAACUGAUCAGUCCAGGUCUUUUCGUUGAAGUGAUCCCAGAAAACAUGUUUGCUGCCUGCUACCUGCUGCAGGUCUAUUCAGACGUCAAGAAUGCUUUAGUGAUAGCUGAAACUGGCAGCAAAACUAAUGUACACAACCAAAACAGUCCUGUUACAAAUGCUGCAUGGACUGAGAUUACCGGCACAAAAUACUCUUCAGCUAUAAUACCUUUAACAGAGCAAUACACCUUCAUCUGGCAUCCAUCCUCAAAGAUUGCCGUUUAUAUUCUGGAAAACAUUGGCACGACAGUUUAUGGAGGACCAGCUAUACCUAUAAAUGAUCAACCAGAUGAGUUGGGCUGUGUGGUGAUUCCUGGACAGUUUGAAGUAAAAAAUGAGCCUCUUAACUGGACUGAGUCCCUGGCUCACUGCACGAGUCUUCAAAGCCAACUUGCCUGUCUUACAAAGGAAGACAUACAGAUGGAGUUGGCCAAUAUGAUUAACACAACAGAGGAUGAGGAAGCUUGGAUCGGACUACGUCGUAGUCUGAUGACAACAGACUGGUACUGGCAGAGGACACCAUCAACAACACCAUUACCAUCAUCAUCUGUGGAUUACAUUCACUGGGCUGAUGGGCAGCCACUGGACAAAUCUAAGGGCCUUUGUGCGUCGUUGUCACUGGAUCGUGAAGAUGCAUUCAAAUGGAAAAGUGCGAAAUGCUGUGAGAAAAAGCGUCCGGUCUGCUACAAACCCCCAACAGUCCUUACUGCUUUAACUUCAGGUGUAACACAAAACAUUUCUUAGGUUCCCAUGUAGCACCACAAAAUAUAUGCAUUUUUACACUGUGGCUUUAGUAGUGACAGUCACUGUAUAGUUUCUGGUGAAAGGUACUUAAAAAUGAAUGUAGUCCAUUAAUCCACUAUUGUAAAAUUAUCUUUAUUAAUCAUAAUGUUACUGAGAGAAAUACAUGUUUAAUCCAUAGACUUAAAAUAUAAGUUUGUCUUUGUGAGAUUUGUAAGAAUUGUAAACUGUUAAUAUCUAAGAAAUUAAUAGCUCUAGACCCGAUUUCGCCGACAAGUCUUAUCUUAAACCAAGCUUAGUUAAAUUCGAAUAUUUAAGUCACUUUUAUAAAAAUGCCUUGGAAAUAAGAUUUAUGGUGUGCAUCUUGAGACAAAACGAUGGCACACACAUAUUUUAAGAUAUGUCAUGGCAAGUUAUUUUCAGUUUAGAAAGCUCAAACACUAAUUUUAGUCUGGGACUAGUUUUACACCGUGUCUACACCGGACGCGACAAGGGCGACGCGACAUGACAACCUGCUUGUUGGGUUUGUAACGUCGCGCCGCGCUGCAUCCGGUGUGGACAAAAUGUUAAAUUAUAAUGUGUUCUAAUGCAUUUCUAAUAUCUUUUGUCGUGUUGCGUCACGCCGGUCGCGUCCGGUGUAGACACGGUGUUAAACCUUGUCUGUCUGUCUUCCCUCAUAGGAGGCGGUGACAUUAACAUGAAUAAGUCUGUGUAUGACUUUAUUAAAGAACUUUUAGCAUUUUCUCUCUAAUCAAAACCAUCUACAGAUUUCCAAAAUCACAUACUUCUUACAAAACUCUCAUUUUUUUGAUUGAAUUUAAAAUAUGUGCUCAUAGGAGGUUUGCUUAUUUGCUUAUUCACAUGGCAUAAACAAUGAAUGUAUACUAUGUGAAACAAUACAUGUUGUAAAAGGGGCUACCCAAAUAAACAAAUAUGUAAUCUUAUCAAAUUGUGUUGCCCAACGCGUUCCAAUAAUAUGGGGCGGUUUCCCAGACAGGAUUUAAGACUCUAAUUUAAAUGUUAGAGGUGUCUUGAUCGAAAACAACUUACACUGACAUAUCUUAAAAUAUGCCAGUGCGAUUGUUUUGUCUCAAGAUGCACACAGUAAUGUUUUUUUGUAAAAUAUGCUUUUAAAAACAACCUAAAUAUCCUAAUUUAACUAAAGCCUAGUCCUGGAUUAAAAUAAUCCCUGUCCGGGAAACCUCCCCACAGUGUAUGUAUAGUAACCGGGAUAUUUAAUAACUGUGAUUAUUGGUAUUGUUUUAAUAAUACACAUAUGAUAAUACUGAAAAUAAACAGUUU